CAAGCAUGAGAGUGCAUGCUUUGUCAGAUUAUUCUCCCAAAUGCACAACACUUGCCCAAAAAGCACUUCUUCUUGGUCUCUAGCUCUUGUUCUGUUUCCGUCACAUUGAACAAUCUAAGAUUCCUCAUAAAUUAAAAGGAUAUAUUUCCAUUAUUCUUACUUUCGUUUCUCCUUUUCCACUAUUUAAGGAUGCAAUAGUCACAAGACCAAAGUUAAUAUUGUUACACACAGCACAAGAUGAGUUCUCAGAUUCUAUUGUACCUUGUUCUGCAACUCCUGGCUAGUAAUUGUUAUGCUCAACUUCGCCUCGAUUAUUACCGGAACACAUGCCCGGAUGUCGAAUCCAUAGUUCGCACCGCCGUCGAAACAAAACUUCAGCAAACAUUUGUUACAGCACCGGGCACACUGAGGUUAUUUUUCCACGACUGUUUUGUUCGGGGAUGUGAUGCUUCAGUGAUGCUGGCAUCAAGAAACAACAGUACAGAGAAGGAUAACGGUAUCAAUCUGUCACUGGCUGGUGACGGUUUUGAUACUGUCAUCAAAGCCAAGGCUGCUGUGGAUAGUGUACCUCGCUGCCAAAAUAAGGUUUCUUGUGCUGAUAUUCUGGCAAUGGCUGCUAGGGACGUUGUUGCAUUGACAGGAGGACCAUCUUAUGCAGUUGAGUUAGGAAGGUUAGAUGGGAGAAUCAGUACAAAAGCUAGUGUGAGACACCAUCUACCUCAUGCUGAUUUCACACUAACACAGCUAAUUCAGAUGUUUGCUUCAAAUGGACUCACCCUUAGAGAUCUUGUUGCAUUAUCAGGAACACAUACUAUUGGUUUCUCUCACUGCAACCAAUUCUCCAAAAGAAUCUACAACUUCAGAACCAAGAACAGAAUUGAUCCAACAUUGAAUCCGGAAUAUGCGAAACAACUCCUGCAACUGUGUCCUAAAAGUGUUGACCCCAGAAUUGCCAUAGACAUGGAUCCAACUACACCUAGAACAUUUGAUAACCAGUACUACAAGAAUCUCCAACAAGGAAAAGGGCUUCUUUCUUCUGAUCAGACUUUGUUCACUGAUAAAAGAUCAAGAAAGCUAGUGAACUUGUUCGCCUCGAACGGCACAGAAUUCGAACGGGCUUUUGUGGUUGCUAUGAGGAAGCUUGGAAGGAUAGGGAUCAGAACAGGGAAUCAGGGAGAAAUCAGGAGAGAUUGCACUAUGAUUAACUAAACAAUUCAUAAUCAACUACUUGUUUCUGUUCUUUGUUAUUCUUGCAGACAUAGAUAAUAAGUUUUAAAACAUGGAAAAGGAUGGAAAUAGUUCCUUGCUUAUAAAACUGUUAAGAUACUUUUAGUCAUAUAUAAAUUUUUUACUAUUGAUUAGGAAGGUGCGGCCAAAUUUAGGUCUGCAAACACAGUCUAAUCAGUAGUGAAAAUCUAUAUAUGUUUCACACAUGAGGACCCCUUUCUGCAGAAGAACUUCGGUGAAACCUUAAUUUUUAAGCAUCUUUAAACAGAGUUAAGUGUCACUUUUUUUAAUUUCU